AAAGCACAAAACCGAACCCGUCUACGACUGCUGCACGCAACCUCCCCCCCCCCUCUCGCCGGACACUCUCACUGGGCCAACAUCCAACAUCACAAGGCCAGAAAAGACCAAGCCAAGUCGACGCUGUUCGCCAAAAUUUCUAAAGAAAUCAUUGCCUGCGUCAAAGCACACAAAAGUGCCGACUUAAGUGAAAACCCCCACCUGUCGACCGUGUUACAAAAAGCGCGCUCCGUCAAUUUCCCUAAAGACCGCAUCGAACACUCUAUCGCUCGAGGCCUCGGAAAAUACGCAGGAAAACUCGAGUUCGCGACCUACGAACUCUACGGACCCAGUCGAGCCGCCUUCGUCGUCUCCACAGCCGCCGACAGCCGAAACCGUAUCGUGGCCAACCUGCGCUCGUGGGCAGCAAAGCAAGGCGGAUACAUGGUCCAAACCGGAUCAUUCAACUUUCUGUUCGAUAAGAUUGGUAAAAUAGAGAUAGACACCCAAGGUGAAACCGAAGACGACAUAUUUGAAGCCGCCAUAAACGCCGGCUGCCAAGACGUGUCCUUCGACCACGAGAACCACAUCGCCACCAUCUCUUGCUCGCCCAACGAAGAGACCGUCUCGGACGUCCAAGCCAAACUCGCGUCCGCCGGCAUCCGCGUCAACUCAGGAGAAGUCUGCAACGUCCCCAAAGUGUCCGUCCAUAUCACAGACGCGGACGAAUGUGCAGAAUUUCAGAACGCGCUAGACGCCCUCAUGCAAAUAGACGGUGUCGAAUCGGUGUUCCACAAUGCCGUUCUCUCAAAUGCCGAAUGA